CAUGUUGAGUGGCUUUUUGAAACCCUGCACUUAUUUCUAGCAGUCAUUUGAAGGAAGAGCAAACCAGACAGACCUCAUUGGUUCCUCCCCGUUGAGCAGAAGGCCACCUUUGCUGCUUACUGAACAGCAGAUUGAAACAAGGAAGGGAAAAGGGUUUGGCAAAAGUCCAGUUUCUGAAGGCCAGCUGACAAAGCAUUUCCAGAAACCAUUCCCACAGCCACUAUGACUGAGUGGCAUCAGGGUAUAAAGGGACGAGCCAAAGGGGCUCAGACCACACGGCACAGAGCCUUUUUGAAGACUUGCCAUCUCCCUGUGACUUCCAAGCCCCAGGCUUGUGCCCCCAACCCUCAGGAGCGAUGUUGAUGCUGCUGAUCUUGGCCCUCCUUGCUGGCCCCACCUGCAGAGCCCAGAACAUACUGGGCAGAAAAGUUGGCACCUAUUUCUACGUUCAUGGUGAAGAUCAGGGUGAAAUCAAGGUCAUCCGGGGCUUCUUAACAAUAACAAAGUGCAUCAAGGGCAUCCAGCUGCAGUUCGGCAGUCGCUGGAGUGAUGUCUACGGCAGCCACUCAGAGGAUUAUAAAGACUUUCGGCUGAAGGAUGGAGAGCACGUGACAAAGGUGCACGGCAAAGUGGCAGGGUGCCUGUGCUCCCUGACCUUCACUACCAACCAGGGGACCAAGUUUACCUUCGGCUUUAACAAAGGCAAACCAUUUGAUGACAAUGGAGGUCCAGACAAGCAUCUAGUGACUGUCAAUGGCAUGUAUACACCAUUUAUCUGCAUCCGGGGGAUGGGCUUCAAAUGGACACAGGGCCCCCAGGUUGUGGGCUCCACGCAACUUCCAGGAAACCCAAAGACCAACCUUGACACUUCCAAAAAGAAGAAAGCUGGCAAAGAUAAGGACAAAGACGAUGAUGAUGAUGAUGAUGAUGAUGAUGAUGAUGAUGAUGACAGCGAUGGUAAGAACAGUGAGGACGAGGAGGAGGAGGAUGAGGAGGAGGAGGAAGAUGAGCAGGAGGAGUAGGGUACUCAGAGCUCAGUCCUGCAUCCUCACAUUGCGCCUCCUCCCAGCCAAGCUCACCCACCUGGAGGGACCGGUACACCAGGUGACCCUGGGCAGGAGGAAGCAAA